AAAUACAAAAAUUUUUUUUCCUUUCCCCUCUUGAUGGGAAUCAAGAUGACAGCAUAUCUACCACGUCAUGUGAUCCAUUCAUGCGAGCUAGAGCUAAGAAGAUGCGUGAAGCUUUAAAUGGCCUUAUUGAGCAGAUCUGGGUUGAAAACAACAUACAACAAGCAAAUCGAAGCUUGGAUGAUUAUCAAGGCAUGAUAAACAUCAUUCAGGUUCAAGAGAAACUUAAUUGAGGUCAUUUAUGCUAAAUUACACAGUUUGCGUCAAUCUCGCAAUUCUGUCACAAUUUGUAACAAACUAAUAUUUCAUGUUACUUUAGGCUACUUUUAAUGUUUCUGAUCUUUCUCCUUUUGAUGUAGGGGACGAUUUGAGGACAAAUCCUUUUGAGGAGAGAGGGAAUGAUGGGAAUCAAGACGACAGCAUAUC